CUCUCUUCAUCCACCGCGACUGUGUCUGUGCUCAACUAGCGAUCACGCUAAAAGUUUGAAGAAAGUGUGACCCAGUGGCAUGUUAAAUUUACGGAGCAUUGAUUUACGUUUAUAGAUCGCUGCUAUUUAAUUUCUAGCCAACGUUUAAAUAAAUUGAAGUCGAACGAUGAACGUCGCGGAUGGAAUUGGAUAUUCGAGAUCAGAAGUAUUCGUACUUGUGGCGAGGGUAUCAUUUGUUGCUGCUGUUGGCUUUUUUAGCAUGAAAUGGAUAAUGAAUCAUCUUGAUCCUACAAAUAAUGCGAAAAAGAAGGCCAGAAAAAAGGCGCGUGAACAGUUACGGAAGUUGGCCAAAAUAGACAAUUUGUUGUGGACAGUAGACAUGGAUCAUUUAACAGACUAUGAAAUGAUGAUAGCUAAUCACAUAGUAGACCCUAAAGAUAUUCGAGUUUCAUGGGAAAAUAUUGCAGGUCUCGAGCAUGUGAUUCAGGAACUUAAAGAAACAGUUAUAUUACCCAUACAGCGAAAAGAAUUGUUUGAAAACUCUCAACUAACCCAAGCGCCAAAGGGAGUAUUAUUACACGGGCCUCCUGGAUGUGGCAAGACGAUGAUAGCCAAAGCAACAGCCAAAGAAACGAGAACAUGCUUCAUUAAUUUAGAUGUAAGCAUUUUAACCGAUAAAUGGUAUGGCGAAAGCCAAAAAUUAACCACAGCAGUUUUUUCUCUGGCCGUGAAACUUCAGCCAUGCAUCAUCUUUAUCGAUGAAAUAGACUCAUUCUUAAGAGCACGUAAUUCACAAGAUCACGAAGCAACCGCGAUGAUGAAGGCACAAUUCAUGUCUCUGUGGGAUGGAUUAAUCACAGAUACAUCUUGCACAGUAAUAAUAAUGGGUGCAACUAAUAGGCCACAAGAUUUGGACAGAGCUAUACUCAGGCGUAUGCCUGCUACUUUCCAUAUUCCUUUACCAAAUGAGCAACAACGAAUGCAAGUAUUAAAAUUAAUAUUGGAUCAUGAACCAAUAGCCGACAACGUGGAUAUUCCGCGAUUGGCCAAGAUGACGGAUAGUUUUUCCGGUUCUGAUUUGCAAGAACUUUGCAGAAAUGCAUCUAUGUACCGCGUUCGAGAUUACCUACGCAAUCAUCAAGAGGUCAGCUCUAGUACCGAUGAUGAGGAAUAUCAUGAUGCUGUGCGACCAAUUACUAUGGAAGAUCUUCUCACGUCGUAUAAAAAAAUGAAGACAUCUAAACUCCAUACGGGUGUCCUCAGUGGAGUGAAACUAGAUUUAGAUUAAAGUAUCGAAAGAGUACCGUUUACCCGUUCAUAUUGAAUUUUACAUUUUUUUAAAAAAAAAAACGUAGGAAAAUAUCAUUUUUUAAUAAGGCUUCCCUCAUGCCACGUUUAUACUGCUACUUUCUUCCAAUCAAAAUGAGAUCUAAUUAUUUCAGUUCAUACCAACAACGUAAACUUGAUUGAAGCCGUGGCACGCGGGAAGCUUGUGUAAUAUGAAGUUAUAACUGGUGUUUAUUGCAGCUAGAAAUUUUUGAAGUAACUAAAAAAAAGAAGUCUUUUUGGCACUUUUGUAAAAUCUAUUACUUUAAGUGGAAACAAACGAAAGCUUCCACUAACUUCGUUUUGUGACUAUAACUUAACACGUAAUUUGUUUAGUAAUUUAAUUUAGUGGAUUAGUAUUUUAGAUAAAAUUUUGGUAUGCUGGAAAUAUCAGAUUACGUGCGAGUUUUCCUUAAAUGCACCUCUGCACGAAUUGAUAUGCGUUUGUAUAGUAUGUCCUUCGAAAUAACGAGAUAAACAAUAUAUCUUGUUUAUUACUGUGUAAAUUCUACCAUGCCAUUGUUAUAUUGAUGUGUAUAAACAUAAACAUCCAUGUUUUGUGAAUGUACAGAACUAAGGACAUAAUCGUAUUUCAUAACUGACGGGUAACUCCGAGUGUUGUUAAAAUGAAACAGUCUCGACUUUUCCUCGCAUCUUUCUAAUAAAUAAUAGAAGACCAUUUAUUUUGAAAAUUUGUUUUAUGAUUUACCUAAACUUGGCAAAGUCAGGAAUAAUAAUUGCACAGGACAAUUAAAAUCAAACGCUUGAACUAAUAUAGGGCGACAUGAGAGUAGUACAACAAAUUAACAACGUGUCCAUUUGUGAAGUAAUCGAAUUAAAUUGUUACGAGAUGUAACCGUUAAAAAUUGAUAGUUGUGUAAAUAAUUUCGAUAACCUUAUGUGAAUAGAAUUAUAACGAUAUAUGCGACGAAGUGUGAUGCGUGAAAUCUUGUAACACGAGUUACAAGAGAUAGAAAUAUAAUGCUCAGACUACUACAUAUUAAGACAUUAUGUCUUAUAUUGAUUAAUGUUCAAUAUAAAAAAAGAAAAAUAAAUAUCUUGUAAAUACAA